GCAAAAAAUUAAAUUAUUGGUUCUGUGGAUAUAAAAAAAAUUAAUUUAAAUGGUUUCUUAGUAUAAUUAAGACAUUUAAUCUAUAUAUAACUGUGCCAAACAAGCUCUUUGAAUCAUGUAUUAUUCAGUGGGAUGGCCAAAGCUACUGGAUACACAGCAAAAAGCACCAUUAAAAUUGUCAGUCGACAAAGUAAAAAUUUUAUUCGCAAUUUUAUAUGAAAAGAGUAUCUCGAUAUGGCUAAUAUCACCUUCAGUUCCAAUAACGUAUCACCGACGUAGUGACAAAUGCAUCCAAGAGAACGGAACUAAUGCUAUUGUCGAGUGGAAAGUUGAUAGUUCAAAAAUUGUAGUUGCUACAAAUGAUGGUGCAUUAAUUAUUUAUGAUGUUCAAGUGAAUGAUGACACUACUGGCGGUUUAUAUACACAGAAUGAUUCUCCUUUCAAUUAUUUACGGCGUGAUUCUGCCGAAUUAUUCAUUAAAGAGACGAUUCCAUCCUUAAAACUAAAUUUGUCAAUUAUUGUUAAGCUAUAUUGUAAUAUAACGAGUAUAUCGUGCGUAAAUGUGGCACAAAUGAUGGUCGCAACCGAUAAAUUAAGUAUAUUAAGAAUCAAUUGGGAAGGUGCCGAAGAACGCGAUUAUUCGUUGGAUCUUAGAAGAAUCCCUUUUAGUAUAAAUCAACAAGUUCAUUAUGCCGUCCCUAUUUUGGAAAAAGAUGCCUAUGUUGUGUCAAUGGAUUAUUCUCCAUUAUUGGCAGGCUUUUCGAUUGUCCUUAAAGAUGGUCGAGCUGCCUUUUUAACAUCAAGCAAUUUAAAAUUUGAUCCAAACCAAGUUAGUGGAAUUUGGGCUCAAAAUCUAGACGAUGUGACUUGCACAUCAAUCAAUCAUAAGCAUAGAUUAAUUGCAUUUGGUAGACGAAAUUGCCAAGUGAAUGUAUAUAUUGUGGAUGACGUGACGGGUGGCCUUGAACUUUCCCACACAAUGUCAUUGAGCUCAAAAGAUUUUCCGGGUUCGCCAGGCUUUGUACGUGAAAUAAAAUUUACACCAGACGGUUGUGCUAUGGUCCUAUGCUGGUCGACAGGCGGAAUAUCUUUAUGGUCAACAUAUGGCAGUAUGCUUAUGUCAUCAUUAGCUUGGGAUUAUGGCUUAAAUGUAGAUUUAAAUAAACAAAAUCCACUUAAUAUUCUGAGUAUGGAUUGGUCGACAGAAGGUUAUCAAUUGUUAAUGAUUCAAUUACAUACGAAAUAUUCAGAAGAAGGAGAAGUAUUGGAACAGCAAACGAGAGUAAUUCAAUUGGACUUUGUCAAAAGUGUCCUAUCAGUAAAUCCAUCCAUGAGCUAUAAUCCAUAUUUACUUCUACAAGGUGACAAUAAGUUAUAUUUAAAUCGCGGUGAUGCUUUACAAAAGAUGUAUGCACAUUAUGCGACAAUGGAAAAGUCAAAGAAUUAUUUAGAUUUAUACGAUGGAUGUGCUGAAAAGAUGGAAGAAGAUUAUGGAUAUUAUCAUUAUGGAAGUGAUAAUAAGAAGACGAUAACAUCAAUAAAUACGUUAUCAGAGAGUAAACAUUGGCUAAUCAUAACGUUACCAACACAGUAUGCAGCAUCAAAUUGGCCAAUUCGUUACAGUGCAAUUGACUCAACAGGAAAUAAUCUAGCCGUAGCCGGACGUACUGGAAUGGCUUUAUAUUCAUUAAUAAGCCGAAAAUGGAAAUUAUUUGGCAAUGAAACUCAGGAGAAAGAUUUUGUUGUGUCUGGUGCGAUUUUAUGGUGGAAUAAUUUUGUCAUUUUGGGAAGUUAUAGCUUAUUAGAUCAUAGCGACGAGAUACGUAUUUAUCCGAAAGAUUCAAAAUUAGACAAUAGAUUUGCGUCUAUAAUUAAAAUAGCAUCGCCCGUUAUGCUGAUGAAUAUUUAUAAAAAUCAACUUAUUAUGUUCACGUCUGAUGGAUAUGUGACAAUUUUUGCGAUAGUUCAAAGCACUGUGGAUACCGUCAAUUUAAUUAAAUUUAAAGUAUAUGAUAUUAAGAAUUUAUGUGUACAUCCAGCAUGUGUCGUGUCCGUUUCUCUUGCUAAUUUAAAGCAUGAUGCUGUUACAAAAAAUCCAGCAUCACAAUCGUCCGAUACAUUACUAUUAAAUGUGUCAGGCAAGAUAUUUAUGUUACAUUAUGAAAAUAUUGGUGCUGAAAAUCAGCAAUUGGCAUCGACAUGCUUAGCAUCGUCCGUUGAAUGUAUAUGGGUAGCAAAUUCAUCAAAAAUUCAUUUAAAAGAUUCUUUAUGGCUCUUUUGUGGGAAACUUGGCAUGCGAGUAUGGUUACCAGUGUUUCCACGACAAGGCGAGAAUGGAAGUAGAAGCUUACGUCACACAUUUAUGUCAAAAAGAAUAAUGUUGACAUUUAAUCUGAAGAUUUAUCCACUCGUAAUACUUUUUGAGGAAGCAAUAAUACUUGGCGCUGAGAAUGACACAAUACUCUAUACGAAUGAUUUAGAUUUACAUUUCUCACUUCCAUUCUCGACAGUUGAACGCUCGACGCAAGUUUACCUUCAUCAAAUACUCAGGCAAUUGAUAAGACGAAAUCUUGGAUAUAAUGCUUGGGAAAUUGCACGAACUUGUACAAAUUUACCAUAUUUUCCUCAUGCACUGGAACUUUUGUUACACGAAGUACUGGAAGAAGAAGCAACGAGUAAGGAACCAAUACCGGAUGCACUCUUACCAAGCGUUUUAGAAUUCAUUCAAGAAUUUCCAAUUUACCUUCAAACAGUCGUACAGUGUGCACGUAAAACUGAAAUUGCACUAUGGCCGUACUUAUUCUCGAUGGCUGGAAAGCCUAAAGAUUUAUUUCAGCAAUGUAUUACACAAAAUCAAUUGGAGAUUGCUGCAAGUUAUUUAAUUAUAUUACAAAAUUUGGAACCGUCGUCAGUGAGCAGGCAAUAUGCCACAAUGUUAUUAGACACGGCAUUGGAACAGAAGAAAUGGGAUUUAGCUAAGGAUCUUGUAAGAUUCUUACGUGCUAUCGAUCCAAAUGAUGUUGAGUCACCAAGAACAUCAUUUAUUAUGGGCAAUAAGUUUGGCAUUACUCAGUCAUCAGUUUUACCAAAUUCUGAGGAUUUAACGUUAAUUUUGGGCAAUAUUACACGAGGACGAAGCUUCUCAACAACUCAAACACCUCCAAAACAUGCACUAGAAACAAAACCCGCCGAUGCACCAAUCACUAAAGAUAAGUUUGUCAUAUCAACGGCAAUAAAUCCAUUAAGGAACAAACGACGAGUUUCAUCGAUUCCAAAAGAAAAGAUUAAGAUUGUUGAGGAUUUCUUUAUUGAGGAUAUCCUUCAAAGGCAUGCAACGAAAUUAUUACAGAAUCGAAAAUUGGAAGAUUUAGGAUAUAUGGCAGCAAAACUUGAUUUCCAGCUUGUCGGAUGGUUGUCAAAGGAAAAGGACAAGUCUGCAAAAAUUGAUGACUUUGUGACAACAUUAAAGCAAUUGCAUGAUCAAAUGGAAUGGCCCAAACCGAGUAUAGAGAAUGUAAGAAGUAAUUCUAAUGAUAAUGGAUCAACAAUGUCACACACGCCAGUCACAGAUAAUACAGAAUCUGGAUAUCAUUCAAAUGAACCGGAAAAUUUUGCACCAUUUUAUGGUGCUUAUCCUUCAAAGUCAGGUAAUCUUAUGGAUGGGAAAUUUCAUGAUGUUGUCGAAGCAAAUCUCUUGCCAAAAAUGGAAAUGAUGAGUGUAACAUCCGAACAAGUGUCAUUAUGGGACGAUGAUAAAGCUAUGAGUGGACAAGUAUUUGCCAAUUUUGAACUUGAGGAUCAAACAUAUCAUGCGAUUGAGGAACAGAAGAAGAAAGAUGCAAAUUCGAAGCAAGCAAUUCAGAAAAUGGAAAUUAAAUUACGAUAUCUGCUGCAAUUAUUUAUUGAAGGAGAUUGUUUGGAGUUUUCCUUACUCUUGAGUAUUAUGCUACUCGAUAAAGCUGCAGUCGUUCGAAUUACAAAUAAAGCUAUUCGAUCUAAUUCACUCAUCUUGUGCCGUAAAUUGAGAAAUGGAUUAAAGGACAUUACUCGAUGGAGUCUGUAUGAAUGUCUUGGAUAUCAGUCGUUCAUGUUAUCGCUGAAAUCACAAAUCUCAAUUUUGGAUAAUUUUGUGAUUCGUGAGGAAUCAAUUUCACCAGUUUUGGCGAUGAUGAACAACAAAGAGACGCUUACUGAACACCAUCCUCAUAAUUCAAGUGAUAAUUCACUCAAGGAGAAUAAUGAAAGCGAAAUCAAACAAAUACUAAACACAAGCGGAGCAUCUACAUCAAGCACUACAAAUACAGUUGAGAGAAAGAUCAGCGUUGAAGAGAAACGAUCUGUAACAAACAGUCGAUCAAGCAUUACCAACAAUCAGCAAUUGAAUGAAAGUUCUAUCUCGUCAACCUCAACAAAUGAUCAUUUAAAGAAUUCAGUUCCACCAGUAAACAUCAGUAAAAUUAAUAACGACGAGGCCGAUGAGAAAAACGAGCUGAUUGAAGAAUCUGAGGACGGACGGUGUAUUGUGAUGUAAUUUUUUUUUUAAGUUUCUUUCGUAGCAUUGGUGCUCAUUUACAUUUUCUCAAAAUUUAAUAAAAAUACUUGCUCAUUCCUUUUAAUAAUAUCAAAAAUUAUGUUAAUAGAAAAUUGAUGUUAAUUCCUUACCUUUAUUUUUGAUUCUUUUUUGUUCUAACAAUUUUCCCAUGAGAUAAAAAAUUUAUAAAAAAUUUUUUUGUUAACGAUGUAGUGCAAUUAGAUAAAGUGACGAUUUAUUUAUUCGAUUUUAAUGAAAUUCUUCUUUUUG